AUGUCGUCCGUGGUGGACAGUCUAGACGCUCCGUCGUCCUGUGAGUAGCGAACAUACCACGCUUCAUCCAAGACAAGUCCGCAUCCUGCCCAUCAAUCCCUAGCUGACGAAGCGCAUACAAUUCAAUGUAUUCAGAUCGCGACUCUCGCAACACAUCGUCUCGAGCAGCUACGUACAUGGCCCUGUCCAAGACCGCGACGCUAUACGUCGGCAACCUCUCCUUCUACACGACCGAAGAACAGAUGCACGAACUGUUUGGCAGGGUUUGCAAUGCCUCUUCCGGGGGCGGCAUUCGAAGGAUCAUCAUGGGUCUAGAUCGAAUAAACAAGACACCAUGCGGAUUCGCCUUUGUCGAGUGGGUAACUUUUCCCGUCACUCGAGAGAGACGCGCCGUUUUCACGCUCACCUAGGUGUAUUCCUUUCACACGCAUGCUCCUCCUCUGCGAUGCAUAGGUACUACACCCACGCGGAAGCCUUGGCAUGUAUGCGGCAGAUUUCGGGUACGAAGCUGGACGAGCGAGUGAUCCGUUGCGAUUUGGAUCCUGGAUACACGGAUGGUCGUCAGUACGGACGCGGACGAUCAGGUGGACAAGUGCGCGACGAGUAUAGGCAAGAGUACGAUGCGGGCAGAGGGGGUUGGGGUCAUUUGAGGUUGAAGGAGGAGGAAGAUAGGAUCGCAAAGGAGGAGGAGAGGAGAAAGGAACACGACGAGGUUUACAAGGAACAAGAGGAACAAGUCGGUGGGAGAGUCAUCCCCGCCGGCGCGGAGGAGGUGUACGAGGAGCUGGAAGGUAGACAGCGAGCUGGAAAUGAUGCGACUGGUUCGGAUGCGCCAGGCGAACACGACACGAAGCGCAAGAGGGCCGACGAACAAAGUGCGGACGAUGACAGUGGCGACGAGUCCUUUGCACGGGUGAGUGACUAUUCACCGAAAUACAACUCGCGCCCCGUGUGAAGCUGCGCUGACGAGGCCAUCUUUGCGUUCAUGGCUGUCCCGACAGAAGCGUCGAUUGGAAUCGCCGGAUCUCUGA